AUGUUCGGCGACGGCACCGUCAAAUACCGCCACGGCAUCGCCAUCGCGCAAGUCAUCACCUUCUCCGUCUCUCUAGCCUUCAGCAUCUGGUUCUACCUGCGCGGCUGUAUCGGGUGGUUCUGCAUCGGCAUGCUCUCAAUCAUCCGUCUCGUCGGCGCCAGCUGCAUGCUCGGCACGAUCAACAAGGACGCGGACGGGCUCUGGGCCGGCGUGUUCGUCUGCGAGUCACUCGGCAUGAUCUUGAUCAUUUUCUUGUUACUUGAGAUGUUGGAAAGAAUAAACAAAACCCACCCCACAACCCCCCGCCUAGUAUUCAUAAUCCCCCAACUCCUAACCUGGAUCGACAUCGGGAUCUCAAUCGCGGGUUUCAUCGCCGUCACACACAAAGAACACGCCCUCCUACCAACGCCCUACAGCCGUACCGGGAUCGCGCUAAUCUUCGCAAUCUACCUCUGGACAGUCGGCGUGUUCCUCACAUUCUACCUCCACCGGGGGAGCUUCGCUACUGUUGAAAAGAAAACAUGUCUUUGUGUCGCGAUCUGCGUGCCGAUAUUGGCUGUGCGGGUGACGUAUUCGCUCAUUUUUGUCAUUACGGCGGAUAUGGCGUGGAAUGCGGUGAAGGGGGAUUCGUCACGGUAUUUGGGAAUGACGAUGGUGCCGGAGUUGGGGAUCGUGGCGUUGUGUACGUGGACGAUAUUGGGGAUUCCGGCGUUGGAGAAAGAGAAGAAGAAGAAGAAGAAGAAGAAGAGAAAGGGUGGGAAGGAUGUGGAGGGGGAUGCUGGAAGUCAGGAGAUUCCGUUGGUUAGGUGA